AUCGCAGCUAUCUCGGAGUCUCGGAUUCUGACAACUUAUUCCAUCAUCCCCAUUACUCAAUCCAUCAACAAGUCACACCACAUUACGCACAAUGCCAAACAUUGAAGCCAACGCAGAAAACUACACCCUCUUCAGGGACUGUCUCUCCACCACUCUACUGCAGCCGCCCUCCCCGGCCCCGGACCCGCCCAAGCGCCGGCGACGCGGCAAGGCGAAUGGUGUGACGGCCGCCUCCACCCCGGCACCAGGCCCGGAGCAGAACGCCGAGGAACUCGCCGAUUUUGUGGACUACCUCGCCACCGAGAUCUUCGAGAGCCUCCCGGCGGCUCUGCAGACCCUGGACUACCGCACUUGGCGCGAGUCGGAGGCUCUGCGGGAGGAGUACUCGUUGCCGCUUACCAAGUACAGCCUGACUUCGCUCAACCUGGCCCCUUCCACUAUCGAGACCCUGACGACUUACAACCUCAUCUGCGUCGACCCCCUGGUGACAUCGAGCCUCCCUUCCUCGCCCGAGGCAUUCCUUGCCCCGAUCCUGACGUCGUACAUCACGCCGCUCACCGAGGCUCCGCCGUGCACUAAAUCAAGCCGCACCGACGCGUGUGAGCUGUGCGACCGCUCCUGGAUCAACCUGUCAUACCAUCACCUGAUCCCCCGCUUCGUACACGAUAAGGCCGUCAAGCGUGGCUGGCACCAGAAGGAGGAUUUGCAAAACGUCGCGUGGUUGUGCGGUGCGUGCCACCGCUUCGUGCACCACUUCAAGAACCACGAGGAGCUUGCUCGGCAUUACUACACCGUCGAGCUAUUGUUAGAAGAGGACGAGGUGAGGAAUUGGGCCGCAUGGGUCGGGAAACUCCGGUGGAAAGGAAGGUGAGCGGCUGAGAAGGACCGAAGUUGAUGCGUGCGAUAUCAUUUCUCUUAAUAAUAGGGGCAUGAUAGACUUCCGCAAGGAAAUGGUGGGCCGUGGACUGAUUGUAUCUCAGCCAACAUGAGAUGAAGGACUUCGAUUUCUGUUGAACCGAAAUCACUAUCUCGACAAACGUUCGGCGUACCAUUCUUAUUGAUAGCGAAUGUAAUUUAAAAAGGCGACCUUCUCAUAAAAGAACCCUUUUAAUGCCC